AUGGUUGCCACUGCAGCUACGUCAUCGUUUUUCCCAGUUCCUUCCCUGUCUGGAGAUGCCAAGUCCUCCAAGGUGGGUAGUGGGUCUUCAAGUUUGGGAGGAAUCAAAUCGAAAUCUGCUCCCUCUGGGGCUUUGCAGGUUAAGGCAAAUGCCCAAGCUCCUCCGAAGAUAAAUGGCUCCCCAGUUGGCUUGACAACAUCAGUGGAAACUGUCAAGAAUGAGGACUUUGUGUCAUCACCGGCACCUCGGACAUUCAUCAACCAAUUACCUGAUUGGAGCAUGCUUCUUGCUGCAAUUACAACCAUGUUUUUGGCAGCAGAGAAGCAGUGGAUGAUGCUUGAUUGGAAACCGAAGCGACCUGACAUGCUUAUUGACCCCUUUGGUAUUGGGAGAAUUGUCCAAGAUGGUCUUGUCUUCCGACAGAAUUUCUCAAUUAGGUCGUAUGAAAUUGGUGCAGAUCGUACGGCAUCUAUAGAGACGUUGAUGAACCAUUUACAAGAAACAGCACUUAAUCAUGUUAAGACUGCUGGGCUUCUUGGUGAUGGAUUUGGUGCAACCCCAGAGAUGUCCAAAAGGAACCUGAUAUGGGUGGUAACUCGCAUGCAGAUUCUGGUAGAUCGUUAUCCUACAUGGGGUGAUGUUGUCCAAGUAGAUACUUGGGCAGGUGCAUCAGGAAAGAAUGGUAUGCGCCGUGAUUGGCUUGUCAGUGAUGCUAAAACUGGUGAAACUCUGACCAGAGCCUCCAGUGUGUGGGUGAUGAUGAAUAAAGUGACAAGGAGGUUAUCUAAAAUUCCUGAAGAAGUUCGAGGGGAAAUAGAGCCUUAUUUUCUGCCUUCUGAUCCUGUUGUGAAUGAGGACAGCAGAAAACUGCAAAAAAUUGAUGACAAGACAGCGGACUACAUCCGCAAAGGCCUAACUCCUAGAUGGAAUGAUUUAGAUGUCAACCAGCAUGUUAACAAUGUGAAGUACAUAGGCUGGAUCCUUGAGAGCGCUCCUCCGCCAAUCCUGGAGAGUCAUGAGCUCUCUGCCAUUACUUUGGAGUAUAGGAGGGAGUGUGGCAGGGACAGCAUGCUGCAGUCCUUGACCGCUGUAUCUGGCACUGGCUUUGGAAAUUUAGGCACUCCUGGUGAAGUUGAGUGCCAGCACUUGCUGCGGCUUGAGGACGGUGCGGAGAUUGUGAGGGGAGGAGUGAGUGGAGGCCCAAAAAUGCCAACGAUUUUGGUAUGA